AUGGCUCCCAUAACGAAGGAAACGGAUUACCUUGUGCUUGGUGGUGGUAGUGGUGGUCUUGGCUCGGCCCGCAUGGCCAGUUCCAAGUUUGGCGCAAAGGCAAUGGUUGUCGAAGCCGCCCGACUCGGCGGGACGUGCGUGAACGUUGGAUGUGUUCCCAAAAAGGUUACGUACAAUGCCGCUGCCAUCGCCGAGACUCUUCACGAGGCCAAGUCUUAUGGCUUUUCCGUCACAGAAACCGCUCCUUUCGACUGGACCACCUUCAAGAAUAAGCGUGAUGCCUACGUUAAGCGUCUGAACGGCAUAUACGAGCGCAACCUUGGGAACGACAAGGUCGAGUACCUGCACGGCUGGGGUCGGCUGCUAUCCAAGAACCAAGUCGAGGUUACGUUAGACGACGGUAGCAAAGUUGUCGUCAAUGCCAAGAAGAUUCUCAUCGCCGUCGGCGGCCGCCCGAGCUCCCCCCCACAGAUUCCCGGUGCGGAGCUGGGCAUCAACAGCGAUGGAUUCUUCGACAUUGACAAGCGGCCCAAGAAGGUUGCCAUCGUUGGAGCUGGCUACAUCGCCGUUGAGUUUGCGGGCAUGUUCAACGCUCUUGGCACGGAAACCCACCUUUUCAUCCGCGGCAAAACUUUCUUGCGCCAUUUCGACCCGAUGAUUCAGGAGACGGUUACCAAUGAGUACGAGAGACUCGGGGUUAACCUGCACAAGGAGUCACAGGCCACCAAGAUUGAGAAAGACGCCAACGGCAAGCUUACCGUCACCUACAAGGAUGCCGAGGGAAAGGAGAGCUCCGUUUCGGAUGUUGACCACCUUAUCUGGGCUGUUGGGCGAACCCCCAUGACCAAGGAUAUUGGCUUGGAAGAAGCUGGCGUCAAACUGACAGAAAAUGGCCAUGUUCAGGUCGAUGAGUACCAAAACAGCAGUGUCGAGAAUAUCUACGCCCUCGGUGAUGUCAGUGGAGAGGUAGAGCUUACCCCCGUCGCCAUCGCCGCUGGCCGUAAACUGGCGCAGCGCCUGUUUGGACCUGCGGAGUUUUCCACCCAAAAGCUCGACUACAGCAACAUUCCAUCCGUCGUAUUCGCACACCCCGAAGUCGGUAGCAUUGGCCUCUCGGAACCUCAGGCUAUCGAGAAAUACGGCAAGGACAAUAUCAAGGUCUACAAGACGGGUUUUACAGCCAUGUACUACGCCAUGAUGGAGCCCGAGCACAAGGGUCCAACCAACUACAAAUUAAUUGUUACUGGUCCUGAGGAGCGGGUAGUCGGCCUGCAUAUUAUGGGUCAGGGCAGUGGUGAGAUGCUCCAGGGAUUCGGUGUCGCUGUCAAGAUGGGUGCCACCAAGGCAGACUUUGACAGCUGUGUGGCCAUCCACCCGACCAGCGCUGAGGAAUUGGUGACUUUGAAAUAA